CUUUAUUUAUUUACUUUGUGCCAGAUUGAAUUUAUAGGCAGCGUUAUGGUUGACGAUAGCACCAGAAAAACCUUGAGCAACAUUCCACUACUGCAAAUACGUGCUGGUCCGCGUGAGAAGGAUGUUUGGGUGCAGAGACUGAAAGAGGAAUAUCAAGCACUCAUCAAGUAUGUGGAGAACAACAAGCAGUCUGGCAGUGAUUGGUUCCGCCUCGAGUCCAACAAAGAGGGCACCAAAUGGUUCGGCAAAUGCUGGUACAUGCACAAUCUGCUUAAAUACGAAUUCGACGUUGAGUUCGACAUUCCAGUGACGUAUCCAACGACUGCACCGGAAAUAGCCCUUCCAGAACUUGACGGCAAGACGGCUAAGAUGUAUCGAGGCGGUAAGAUUUGCCUAACGGAUCACUUCAAGCCACUGUGGGCACGUAAUGUGCCCAAGUUUGGCAUCGCACAUGCUAUGGCCCUCGGCCUGGCGCCCUGGUUGGCCGUAGAGGUGCCAGACCUCAUUGAAAAGGGCAUAAUUACGUACAAGGACAACUGUUGAGGCUCCAACUGCAACUGCAGAUGAUCUGGCUAGUUAUUUUUUUUUUUUAUUAAUAUGACAAUUUACUAUGAACAAAAUUGUAUAUAAAGGACUUAUGAUUUUUUUACGUUUUGUAUUGCGGUGCCAGUUAAGCAACUGCACAUUUUAUUAGUAAAAUUCCAAUAAAUCAAAUGAGCUCAA